AUGAGGAUAAGUGAAUCAUUGAAUGAACAAUUCAUAAGUGUCUUUACCCCACCCCUACGGCACAUGCAAGUUAGCAGACCUGUAGAAUUAUUUAUCACUAUAAAAGCUGAACGGAAAGCAGUCACAAUUGAAUACACCAACAUUGAAGAAGAGGAUGUAAUACUGGCAAUAGAUGAUGUAGAUGCAAACGCAGCUGCCGGCCCUGAUAGAUUCCCAGCAAUCCUUCUCAAGUCAUGUAAACGGGUCCUUGCAAAACCAUUGCAGCUACUUUUACAGAGCUUCCUCGCAAAUGGUAAACUCCCGGUCAAACUAAUGGAGGGAAUAAUAUGCCCUAUCCAUAAAGGAGAAAGUAGAUGCUAA